AUGCCUCCUCGUCGGUCAAGCGGCCGCACUACCGGUCAACAGUCGACCCUGUCCUUUAGCAACUCGAGAGUUACAAAGCCGUCAGCGACAGCGGCCGCAAAACAGAUAAAAGCAGAGCCGAUCGCUAAAGAGAUCAUCAAGGAGGCAACAUCUGAUGCCUCCCGUGUGGUCCCUGUGGUGGAAUCGCCAGAGCCUCCAGUGGCUGAUAUCAUAACUGAAAAGGAAAAGGACGAACUCGACGAGCCCCAGACGGACGAGGACCGCAAAGCCUUGAAAGUGUCCGAGACCGCUAUAAGAAAUUACUGGACUGAGGAGGAGCGGAGGAGUUCUACACCGCGAGUCCACCAGAAACAUCUCGAUGUGGAUGAGAAGAUCCUUCGGCACUUUGAUCUGUCAUCUCAAUACGGGCCAUGUAUCGGCAUCUCAAGAAUCAGGCGGUGGCGACGAGCCAAUAUGCUCGACCUCGACCCGCCGAUCGAGGUCCUGGCCGUUUUGUUGAAAGAGCGGAAAACUCCGGUAAAGGAACGUGCUUAUGUGGAUGAGCUUCUCUCGUGA